GGGGCAGUGGAGGUGCAGCAACUAUUGGCUCAACACCUUCAGUUCAGUUGAGUUGAUGGGUCCGGGGCCAUGGAGGCAGUGAGGCACGGCGAGCACCUCCGCCAGCUGACCUGGCGUCCCGAGACCUUCUCGCUGGCUUCGUCCAAGACUUUGAGGAGGAGGACGAGAGUAGCAGAGGCGAGUGAUGGCGGGCUAGGGGAGGGAAAAUAGUGCAGUAUUUAGCCAUUUUUCCCGCUCUCUCCGGCGCCUCUGAAGCAAGAGUGGCCGCGGAUGGAGGAAACAAGCGUGCUAUGGGUGAACCUGACCUCAGCAGUCAUCACCACCACCACCAGCACCACCAGUCCUGUGAGGUGUUGACUGCAUAUACUGCCGACGCUGGUGACAAGACCUCACAAUCACUAACUUCACCACCAACGACCUUCACCAUCACCACCUCAUCACCACGAGCAAAAGCAAAAAUCCUCCAUCACCAACACCUCCUCCAACACCACCUCCUCCACCACCAUCACAACCACUGCCACCACCACCACCACCAGUUAGAGGCAUCUGUCUACAAGUCUUGCAGUCACUCUUGUAACAAAGACUUGUGGCCAGAGUGUUCAAGUGUCAGCCAUAGCAGUGGCUGCAUCGGAGACAAGAGUGGUUGUGUGUCAGCCAGCGUUGGUGCUGCCUCUUGCCCUGGCCUGCCGCUCCCCUCGGCCCCGCCACACCCCAUGGACGACGUCAGUCCUCCAGCUGGCAGCAGCAGGGCGUUCUACCCUGUUCCACGCACCUUCCGCCCUGCUGACGGCUAUUACAAUCUGCUGGAGGGCCUCAGGGCGCCCCGCACUAGCCCACCCCCGGCCCCCUCCAAGGCUGAACCACCACCCCCCUACCCUGAGGAUCCUCCUUUCCCUGAGGGAGCUGCCCCAAUGGACUUCAGCAGCAGUCCCGGCUUGGGAUACAGUGGGGCAGGGCAGGAUUACCCUGCAGCAGCUGCAGCAGCCCCUCCCAACCCCCUCAGCCUGCUGAGUGAGGUGGCCCUGGGGGGUGGGGGUGGCCCCGGCUCCUCUGAGACAGGCUUGGGGCGGGCUGAGGCUGAGGGGCGACGCAAGCGUGUGCACAGUGCUGGGGCAGAUGGCAGUGGCAGCGGCCACAGCAAGAGUCAAAGGGGUCGGCCAGCAGUGUUAGCCUGGGGCAGCAGUGGUGGUGAUGAUGACAGCGAGGACGAGGAUGAAGGACUUGCGGGGCCGCCCCUUGGGGCACGCAGUGGCCGGCGGCGGGUGGACGAUGGACCCUCUGCCCCAGACCUGCAGUUGGACUGGGUCAGCUCAUCAGACUCUGACUCUGAUGUUGACUCCUGCAUUGAGGUGCUGAGUGAUGCCCCGCGGGGCCGCCCCGUGGCCUUGGUGGACUUGACAGGGGAGAGUGAUGGGGAAGUGGCUCCAUCUUCCCCCCCUGACCCUGCACCUCCCCUACCCCCAACCUCCUCUGGGGCAUAUGGCCUUCCCGUGGUGCUGGGCCGCCCUGUGGCCACCACCGCACCCACAGGGUUCUGCCGGACCAUGCUCACACCAGAGGUGAGCCAGGCUGGGGGGGUGGCAGGGGCGGGGGCUGGUACUAGCUGUGGAUGUCCUCGCACUGCCACACUUGGGGCUGUUGGGCUGAGUGCCAGCGGUGCAGGUCAGGCAGCAUUCAGCAUGGAGCCCCAGCACCCUGGCGCUGGGCCUGUGGCCUGCUAUGGGGCAUGUCUGCACCCCCACCACCAUCACCACCAUGCUACCCCACACCACCACCAUCACCACCACCACCACCAGACAACAACACCUUCCCAGGCCCACCACCACCACCAUCACCAUUACUACCCCCCUGAGUCACCACUCUUCUACCCCGCCCUGUCUACCCACCCCUUGUUCCCCCCCUACACUCCCCCCACGUCCCUCGGAGCAGGAGCUGCCUUCCCCGGGUUGUCGCGCCUCAACCCCGUCCACCAGCGUCUGUGGCACAGCCAGCAGCGCCACCAGGAGCUGCACCGCCGCUGUCUGGACCCCCGCCUCAGGGACGCCCAGGCCCGCCCCACCCUGGACACCCAAGCUGCCCCGCCUUCCUCCACCACCACCACCACCACCUCUACAGGGGCAACAGCAGACCAGCCCCAGGUCAUCCCACCCCAGGUGUCCACACCAUCCUCGGCCCAGCUGGACAUGCCCCCCGCAGCACCCCCGGGGGCCGCCCCGCCACACCUACCUGGGCCACACCUCCACCACCACCACCCAUUCGACGUGCUCAUGGCCAACCCUCACGCACACGGGGAGGGCGGCGGGCUGUACGGCCACAUGUACGGCGGCACUGUGCCGCCCGCACACAUGUCCAUGCCUGGUGCAGCGGCAGCGGCGGCACAGGCGGCGGCAGCAGCAGCCGCAGCGGCUGCAGCAGCAUCAGGCGACCCCCGUCACCUGCCAGUCACAGCUGGCAGCCUCCAUAUCAACUUGGCGGGGGGGUCACAGCUCCCCCUCGACCUGUCCCUGCCCCCCACCCUCACCCCAGAGCUGCCUCCCCCGCCUAGACUCACCUACAUACCUCAGCUGCCACUCUUCCAACGCACAUCUGCCUUCCCGCGCCUGGAGGACUACAUGCGUGCGGGCAUGGGUGACCACCGCCACCGCCUGCCAGUGGUCACCCGUGGCGCCACACAGAACACCAUAGAGAAGAACACCUUCCCCCACAAGUACAAGAAGAUGAAGCGUGAGGAGGCCAACGAAGACUGCCUGGAGAAGUGCACCAUCUGUCUCUCAGAAUUUGAAGAGGAGGAAGAGGUUCGGCGACUCCCCUGUAUGCACUUGUUCCACGUUGAAUGUGUUGACCAGUGGCUCUCGACAAAUAAGCGCUGUCCAAUCUGCAGGGUGGACAUAGAAACGCAGUUGUCCACAGGUACCAGCUCUGCCACCACGUCUUCUUCCUCUUCCUUUUCCUCCUCCUCCACUUCUUCCUUUUCCUGAGAGAGACUUGUUGAUGCUCAAACACUUCUCUGUUACCACCAUCAUUGCUGAGAAGUUGUAGUGCAUCCUUCUCAUUUUUCUCUUGUCCUCCCUACAACUACCAGUACUACCACUACUACACAGACUAGCACAGAAAGGCAUAACAUCGGCCACAGUGGAGGUGAGACAAGUACAUAACGGUGUGUUACGGCAACAAGCUGCCAUUACCAUACUGUAUACACAUUAUUAUUGUUAGAACUAUUUUUUAUAUCAUUAUUAUUAUUAUUAUUAUUAUUGUUGUUGUUGCUUUACAUGGACGUAAGCACUGAACCUGUGUGUGUGUGUGUGUGCGUGUGUGUGUGUGUUCGUGUGUAUGAGUGAGUGUGCACAUGUGUGCGUGCGUGACAGCAAGAAGCUGCCAUUAAUAUUAUUAUAAUACAUGCACACAUCAUCAUUAUUAUUAUUAUUAUUAAUAUUGUUAGAUCUAUUUUCUUAUUUAUUAUUAUUAUUAUUAUUAUUAUUUCUAUGAUGUCUGCAGUAGCACUUGCAAAUACCAUUAUGUGUGAAUGCAGCAGCAGCCAUACCCUGCUACUAUACUAUGACCACAGCUAUAACUACUACUACUACUACUAUUUCUACCAUUGUAUAUACUUAAGGGGCUAAGAGAGAGAUAAAUGAAGUGUUUCCAACAGAAGGAGUCCUCUUGGCAGGGCUGACUGAUAAAAUAACGAUAACUGGAACUUGUUUCAGUCUACGACCAAGCCUUGAAAACCACUUUAGGAGGCAAGGUACGGCUGUGGUUGUGGUUGUAGGGGAAUGCAAGUACCUACACAAAGCUGUGCAAACUGUGACAAAGCAGAACAAAAUUACUGUGAAAUUACUUAGAAAAACAUAUACAGUGCAUACUAUAUAGGCUUACAGACACUCUUGUGAUGGGAGCCUUGUAGAGCAUAAAGAUUACGUAUCACAAAGCAGGGUGUUAUUGACUGUUAGAAAGAUACAGUGAGUGCACGGACUCAUAGCUGUGGUGCAUGUGUGUGAUGGCACAAUCAUAUCCACUGCAGGUGUGUGUUAGUAUGAUAAACUGUACUGAAACAAAGAAGGAAUAUGAAAAGAGCCUUGUAGGGCAUGGUAACAAGGAGGGCGGAAUUGACUUAAAAGUGAAUAUAUGUUCGCAAGCUUGGUUUCAUGGCAUGACGGUACGUGUAUCUGCAGUUACGGAGAAGGAAUGGUGAAGAGAGCCUGGCAGAGCAUAACAGCAACUAAGAAGGGUGUUAGUAACUGUCAGAAAAAAACGGUGAAUAUAUAGGCUUGCAUACUUGGUUUAGGUGUGACAGCAUAAUUUUCUGUGCUGUUAUGAAGAAGGAAUCACGAAGAGAGCCUUGUAGCAUGUAACAACUGAUAAGGGUGGAGUUGACUUAGAACAGAUGGAAAAUACAGGUUUGCUGGUUUGUUGAAGGUAUAAUGAUAUGUUCAACUUACCUGUUACGAAGAGAACCUCGUAGAAUGAAUAGUUAAUAUUAUGAAGCAAGAUGGAUUUAUCUUUGCCAUUGAAAAUAUAGUGAAUCGUUGGGGUAAAAGAAACAGACUCAGGGCUAUUUAUGUACAGAAAAGUGCCCGCUACAUGCUGCUCUUGUAAAGAAAAUGGAUGGCAAGAAAAGAAUGAUUGAAUAUAGGUCUAAAAGGUGUCUUGUUACUCUCCCUUGAAAGAGGUUAAAGGUAGGAAGAAAUACAGUAAUAUAAUGGAUUAAGGCUGCUGCAGACUAGUGAAAGAGAUGAAAGCAUGAAGAUGCUGGCUAACUCUUGCAUUAAUAAGUUGCAGAUAAUUUAUUAAUGAUUGAAAGAGUCAUAGGAAGGAGAAAAUACAAAGGAAUACAAAAUGGCUGUUCCAGAGUUUAACUGUGAAAGGGUUGUAAAAAGAUACUGGUGAACUCUUGCAUUAUUAAGCUGGACAGCACAAGGAUGAGUGUGAGUAGAGAGUCUUGUUUGGAGUCGAGCCUUGCAGGGUAUAAUUUAGUGUGUCACGGCAGGGCAAGUGUGUAUGUGUUUAUACGUCUCGGCUCAUGCAAGAAUUGAGACUGUUGUGGCCGAGAACCAACCUCUCGGCUUUUUUUAUCUUUUCAGCGGUGUGUUUUAUACCUCAUAAUUUUACUUAUUGUUAUGACAUUUUAAUUUUCUCUUAAUAUACCUGAGUUGCUACUAUUUUACAUUGUGAUUGUACAUCUAUUAUUAUUAUUAUUAAUAUUAUAAUCGUCUUGGAGUAUGUAAUAUGUACUUUUGGAGUUCGAAAUAUACUUUUACUGGAUGCAGGUUUGUAUUAUAUAUAAACAAGUAGUUUUUAUACCCCCAUUGAGUGUAUUAUUAUGUGGACCUGUGCUGCUUUGUCAAGAGCUGGGAAGGUUAGGCUGACAUUACAAGGAAAUGCUGUUUACAUUAUUUUUUUCUUGUGUUUGCCCAUAGCACCAGCAGACCAUUUUGGAUAAAUUACGUUCACCAAUUGAUGCCAUUAACCUGCUGGUAUGUGGAGGUUCUGUAAGGAGCAAGUGACUGCAGAAAGAAGCACCAAUAAAUAUAAUGUAUAAUGCAGCUGUAUUCCAGGCUCACCCUCACAAAGAGGUGUCAGUUAUUACCAACUCAAGCACCAGCAGCAGCUAAUAGAAUUUUACAUAUGUAUGUCAAGCUAACUAAGAGAUUUUAAUAAAAGAAAUAUUGGCAGUGGUUAGAUCAACACACUCACAAGGACAUACAAAAAUUACUGAUGGUAGUUAGAUUAACAAACACACAUAUAUACAUACAUACAAGGAUGUACAAAGAAAUUAGCAACGGUGGUUAGGUUGGUUUAUUUAUAACGUCUUGAGAGAAUUACUGUGCGCUGGUUAACAUGUGCUUGAUAGGUUUAUGCAUGAUGAGAAAAUCCAACAUCAUGUACUGUUAUUAUGGUCUUGGAACCUAAAAACUGUACAAAGCAGGCACAGUCAAGUGUUAUAGCUAUGCAGUGAAUAAUUCACAAUUGUACAUACACGCUCCAACACUAUAUAUGGUGAUGGGAUCAGAAUAUACAGGAGGUACAGGAGAAUUUAGUGGAACCAUAGACAGAAUAUUAGUGUCGUAAAUAUGCAAGAAAAAAUAA